AUGGACGCAUCAACGAUUCUCAAAGCAUGUAAGGAUGCUGGAAUGAACGAGGUACCAAAAUGUUCAUUGGUAAACGAUUGUUUACCACUAGACCCACCCAAGCAGCAAUUAACAAAGGCAGAAUUGUCGCCGCAAAUAAAGAGAUAUCAUAUAAAUGACAUGGAGGAGGCAUACCAUUCGAAGCUGCAGGAAUUUUGUCUGACGCAUCCCAUUGUUAUGAUACAUGGUCUUACGGAAGCGCUCAAGAUUAAUCUGACCAGUUUUUCGACCGGGACUCUGGUCGAAACAAAUCCCUCCAAGAGAGUAGAGAUACGUGAACAAGUAAAGUACGCUUCUGAGGAGAAUUGGGAUAGAAAUCAAAAAAAGAAAAUCUGGAAAUAUUUCAAUCACAUGAGUUCUAUGACGAUCAGAGAGUAUGCGAAUUAUCAAGCCCAAACUAUCCUGGAUGAUUAUAAAGAAAAUACGUAUGGCAAUGUAUCCACUUCCGACAAGCUCGAUCAAAUAUCCAAGGAUAAAGUAAAACAGAAAAGUUUCAAAACAGAAACAGUGAAAUUUGCUACCAACGUGGAUUUAUCAAACGCGAACAAGUGGAAACUGCAAUUAAAUGAAUUAACAAAGUUGCCUCCCUUCCUUAGAGUUGUAAAUUGGGACAAUAAUAUGCUUACCCACGUGGGUCAUAAUAUCUUAGGGAUGAACACCAUUCAGUUAUAUAUGAAGGUACCCGGCUGCAGAACGCCUGGCCAUCAAGAGAACAAUAAUUUCUGUUCCGUCAACAUUAAUGUCGGACCGGACGACUGCGAAUGGUUCGCGGUGCCGCACGAGUACUGGGGCGUAAUACAUUCGCUUUGUAAUCAAAACGGCAUCAAUUACUUAAGUGAUAGCUGGUGGCCACCAGAUUUGGACGUUCUGCAUAAGAAUAAUAUUCCGGUAUACAAAUUCCAUCAGAAACCAAGCGAUAUCGUGUGGGUGAACGUCGGUUGUGUGCAUUGGGUGUAUGCGGUCGGCUGGUGCAAUAACGUCGCGUGGAAUGUUGGCCCGUUUACUGCUAGACAAUAUGAGCUGGCGAUAGAACGUUAUGAAUGGAACAAGGUGCAAAAAUUCAAAUCAAUCGUACCGAUGGUGCAGCUUUCAUGGAGGUUGGCACGCAAGACUAUAGUCUUAGAUCAGCAACUGUUCCAUCUAAUCAAGAACUGCCUGAAGCAAACAAUGAUAUACAAUUAUUUGAUAUUCGAAUUUUUGAAAGACAAAGGUGUAAAAAUACAAUAUGAUAACCAACUCAAGAAGGAGAAAACGCAUUAUUGUCAAGAUUGCAAAACCGAGGUGUUUAAUAUAUUGUUUUGCAAAGAGGAGGAGAAGAAAUUUAUGGUAUAUUGCAUAGAUUGCGCGCUGAAGAAGUCUCCUUCGUUGAAGGGAUUUGAUUGCUGGAAGAAGUAUCGUAUGAAGAAGUUGAUGAAAAUUUAUGAUAAUUUUACAUGCUCUUAA